AUGGGCUUCUUCGAAGUCUUCAAGGUGCGAUACAUCGAUGUCCAGCUUCCCUGCAACACGUACUGACCCCAACAGGCCAUCUUGAUACCUGCCCUUAUCGCAGCGGCGAUCUACCUCGUCGGCGCAUUCGUAAUAGCCCCAGCGAUCAGACGUUACAGAAACAAGUACAGCCAAUAUCUCCCUCUCGACUCGUUAUCGCAACAGACAAACUUGUUUCGGGACAGGAUAUCAAAUGGCAUAAGAAGACUGGUGGUGCCGCGCCAGAUGGUGGUCUAUGAUGCCUCGGGCAGCAGGAGAGGGAGCGCGAGCGGUGACGAGUUUGUCUUUGAGGAUGCGGAUGGUGAUAGAAUGGUUGGGUUUGAUGUCAACAGAAGCGAUCGCCAAGUAAGAGGUGCGAAUGUUGAUAGUGAAAAUCGGAGGAUUGAGGAAGUUUGA